CCCCUCCUACUGCCUGUGGAGGGACUGUCCUUCUCCACCCCCAACACACAGCAACCCGAUACCGGAGACGAGCGGUCCAGACAAGCCUGCAAACGAGGCGUUCCCAGCCGCCCUGCCUGUCUGUCUGGCUGCCCAGCGGAGCUCCGAAGCGUCAACGCCAACCGCCGCCGACUGCCUCGGGGAAGAUCAGACAAACAGAUAUCCCUCAUCCCAUCGUCUGCCAGAAUGGGUGUAAUAAUCUCCAUCUAUCGCAAACCAGAGAAGCUCACUGUUGGCGCCGUUGACUUGUGAUUUAUUUUUAUUUUGCCCCCCUCCCCUCAGCUGAGACCGUGAAAUGAGACGGGACGCGGAGAACUAACUGGCUAGCUAUUAGGCUAACAUUGAUAGCAGUCGGCUUGUAGCCUCACCGAGCUACUUGUCUUUUACGCCAAAGUAUUGCCUGUUUUAUCGAACGGGUGGACUAUCUUUUUCUUUUUUAAAAAGCGUACAGCCGAGAAAAAGUCUGUGCUCACAUGAAAGUAGUGGGUUAUUUUUUGUGUGUGAGAUAUUUCGCUUCUUUGACCAAGUUUUUUCCAGCAGACAGACAGUCGUCCCGGGCAGCUAGCAUGUUAGCUAGCAGACAUGGACGUUGUUGGCUGGCUAGUCGCAGACGGCAGAUCCGCCAAACGCGUUAGCUGCUCCGCGCGUCUGUCCGGUCCGUGCGGGAGUCGAUAGCGGGACCAACUUUUAUCGGCAUUGAAUGUUGGUUAUCAAAACGGCGCUUCUUUUUAUCCGCGUGUAACACAUAUAUUCAUGUGUUACACACCUGAGAACUCGGUUCAAGUUAUUGAGCUGACGUGAGGAAAACGGGGCUAAAAUCACACAAUCAGCUGCAACAAGAGGACCAGAAAGAAGUAAAACAAGACUUGGAAGGAGGUCCAACUGAGGGACCACAAGUCGGCUGUACACUAUCAUGGCUUUGGGCCGAAUCACGAUGAAAUCACUCGCUAAAUUUGUUUUUUGCCUGACGAUUCUCCUGACUUCUGUGGCUGCGACGCAGGGCGAGGAGAGGGAGUGCGCCUUCACCGACCAGCAGCAGCAGUGGGAGGUGGAGCGAGUGGCGGGGGGCGAAGGCCGCGUGUCCCCCGAGAACACCACCAUCCGAUGUGCCAAGGGCAGCCGCUGCUUCGGCCUGUGGGAGAAAAGUCCUCCGGGCGAAGUGCGACUGGUCAUACAAGGCUGCUGGACUCACCUGGGCGACCACCAGGGUUGCAGCGACGACCGCUGCGUGGUGACCAACCUCCCACCGCAGAUCCAGAACGGGACGUACCACUUCUGCUGCUGCGGCAGUGACAUGUGCAAUGUCAACUUCACCGAGGACUUCCCACCGCCCAGCCCCACCACGGCACAAUCCCCCUACCCGCGCCCACUGCGCCAAGAAGAGACAAUAAUCAUCGCCCUGGCAACCGUCUCCGUGCUGGCCGUGGUUGCCGUAGCAGCCUUCUUUGGUUACCGCAUGAUGCGCGGAGACGGUAUGCAAGGCCUUCACAACCUGAAUAUGAUGGAGGCCGCCGGCUCCGAGAGCUCUUUGGAUCUAGACAAUCUGAAACUGCUGGAGCUGAUCGGGCGUGGUAGAUAUGGCGCCGUCUACGGCGGCUCUCUGGAUGAGCGGCCCGUGGCCGUGAAGGUGUUCACCGCGGCCAACCGGCAGAACUUCCUCAACGAGUGCUCCAUCUACCGGCUGCCACUGCUGGAGCACGACAACAUCGCCCACUUUGUUGCCGCCGACGAGCGGACGGGCCCAGAGGGUCGCACGGAGUACCUGCUGGUCAUGGACUACUACCCACAUGGCUCUCUGAGUCGCUACCUGGGCGUCCAGACCAGCGACUGGGUCAGCAGCUGCCGGCUCGCUCACUCAGUCACCCGCGGCCUGGCUUACCUGCACACGGAGCUCUUCAAAGGAGACUUGUACAAGCCGGCCGUCUCCCACAGGGACCUGAACAGCCGGAACGUCCUAGUCAAGGCCGACGCCACAUGUGUCAUCAUCGAUUUCGGCCUGUCCAUGAAGCUGACGGGGAACCGGCCGGCGCGCCACGGCGAGGAGGAGAACACCGCAAUUAGUGAGGUGGGGACGAUCCGCUACAUGGCCCCGGAGGUCCUGGAGGGGGCGGUGAACCUGAGGGACUGCGAGUCGGCACUUAAGCAGGUUGACAUGUACUCCCUGGGCCUGAUCUACUGGGAGACCUUCAUGAGAUGCACUGAUCUCUUUCCUGGGGAGUCGGUGCCAGAUUACCAGAUGGCCUUCCAAGCGGAGGCAGGGAACCACCCGACGUUUGAGGACAUGCAGGUCCUGGUGUCCAGGGAGAAGCAGCGGCCCAAGUUCCCCGAGGCCUGGAAAGAGAACAGUUUGGCGGUCCGCUCUCUGAAAGAGACAAUGGAGGACUGUUGGGACCAGGACGCUGAGGCCCGGCUCACGGCACAGUGUGCCGAGGAGCGUCUAGCAGAACUGCUCCUCAUAUGGGACCGGUCCAAGUCGGUCAGCCCUACGCUCAACCCCAUGUCCACCACACUGCACAACGAGAGAAAUCGCAUGACGCCGAAGUCGGGCCCGUACGCAGACCAAACGUCCACUUACAUCGAGGAGCAAGAGGGCGUUGCCAAGAACACGCAGGCCGACACCACCGGCUCCGUGAGUGGCCGGGCCGGGGCUGAGAGGAACAGGAACUCCAUCAAUCAGGAGCGCCAGCAGCAGGCCAACGCCCGCCUGCCCAGCCCAGAGGGCAGCAGCACCAGCACAGGCCUCAGGGGCAGUCCCUCGGCCUCCACCACCACCACCACCAUGAUAUCCGACUCUGAGGGCCCCGUGGGUUUAGCCGCCGUCCCCGUCUGCCUCCACUUGACCCAGGAAGACCUGGAAACCACCAAGCUUGACCCAAAGGAGGUCGACAAGAACCUCAAGGAGAGCUCGGACGAGAACCUGAUGGAGCACUCGCAGAAGCAGUUCUGCUCCCCGGAUCCGCUGAGCCCCGGCAGCUCCAGCCUCCUCUACCCGCUGAUCAAGAUGGCGAGCGAGGCCGCGGGCACGUUGGACCCCGCCACGCCCAUAUCCGCCACCAUCUUCCCCCUGCCCAAGCAGCAGAACUUGCCCAAGAGGCCGUCCAGUCUGCCACUGCGCACCAAGCCCACCAAGAAGGAGUCUUCGUCGUCCUCUCUCAGGUUCAAGUUCGGACGCUCGGGGAAGUCCAACCUGCGGCAGGUGGAGGGGACAAAGAUGAACAUUGGUGCAGUGGCGGGCACAAACGCAGCGGUGGAGGCUCAUCGGGGAGCAGGCACAAACAACACAACCGCUCUGCACGCCAACGGCAGCGUCAAUGGCGCCGUUAACGGUCACGCCGGGGUCUCGACCAUGGUCGCAGGCGGGGGGAUGGGUUUCGUAGGAUCCAGCGUAACUCAGAACGGGUCCGGAGCUCUGCGGUCCGAUGACGGCCGCCUGAGCCUCGGCGUCAUUACGACCAGCCCCGACGAGCACGAGCCGCUCCUGAGCCGCGAGCGCGAGCAGCCCGGCGGGAGGGAGUUGGCGGUGAGCGCCGCGGCCCUCCGCUCAGCCCGGCCCAACACCAACAACAACAACAGCAACACUGGCCACGGCAGGGGGGACGGGGAGAGCGGGGGAGAGAGCGACGGCGGGGAGGAGGAGAGCGGAGAGGGAGGGAGCAGGGAGACCGGAGGGCCCCCGGGAGAGAGCUCGGGGGCCGGUGUCGCUGCCCCCCAGCGGGAGGCUCCGGUCACCAUGAGAGGGGAGGCCCUGCUCCGGCAGCCCAGAGCCCGCCGGCCUGAGAGACCCAAUUCCCUGGACCUGUCCUUCACGACGCAGGACCUGACCUCACUAGGGGAGGGCUUGGUGCAGCCAGACGGAGCCCCGGGGCCCGGCGGCGACAAGAUCAAGAAGCGCGUCAAAACACCUUAUUCCCUGAAGAAGUGGCGGCCCACCACGUGGGUCAUUUCCACGGACGCUAGGGGCCCCGAGGUCAACAACAACAACGGAUCGUCCCGCGGUCCGGCUCACAGCCAGAGCCGGCCUAAGUCCAGUUCGGCCAUCUACUUGCGGGGGGGCAGCUUGGCUAGCGGGCCCGGCGACACGCAUGUGUGAAAUGCAGGCUUCUCUGACAAGACUGGGUAAAACAACAACACCAAGCAGAGCGUGUGGUUUUUGCCUGCUGAGCUCCCUGCUCUCAAUCAGCAAGAGGAAGUGUCUCUGAACAAACAGCCUGAUGGUGUACAGUAAUUAGGUCUUACUGCUGUGUGUCUUUCUGAUGCUUUCAAUGGAAUCCAGCUAUGCAGCAUUCUCAUCCGCUUCUGUUUACGCCUUUUAUUAAUCUCCCUUUUUGUCGUUUUGUUUUUGUCUGGUUUUUAACCACGUUUCGUCCCUUUUGAUCUCUUUCUUUUCCUUGUGCACUUUGAACCGAUUAAAAUCAGUGUUUAGAAAGUCCUGUCUGUUGCGACCGCAGCAAGAAGUGGUCUCUAAACUCUUUUUUAAAAAAAAAAAAAAUAAUAAUAAUUUUUAAAAAGGCGAAGAUAAACAAUCACCAGUGUGAGGUUAAAAAACGAGCGGGCUGUCUUAAAAGACAGAACAACCUGCUCUAGUUUCCCCCUUUUGUGUUCCCUUGAUUACAUUUUUAUUUUUGCCUGCGUAUUGAUUUCUGUAUUAUAACUUUUUAAUUGUGCAAUAGGAUUUCGGUUUUAGAACGCUUUCAAUGUUUGUUUUUUAUCGCUUUCCAUUACUUUGGUUUAUUGCUUCAAUCCCGUCUUUAUUUUUUUAUAUGUUAAUCUCUGUUGCACUUAUGAAUUGCCACAAUCGUUUUGUAAACAAUCCCCCCCCCCCUGA